AUGGCUGCGCUGCACGAUGUGGAUCACAUGGGGAUGACAGACCAGGAGCUGGAAGACUUUCUGUCUUUCAUGGACCACCCGCCAGGCGGCGUGCUCAACGGCGGCCCGCUCGCCGCGUUUGCGGCAGUGGAGGCUACUGAGCUUUCUGAUGACGGCGGCAACACCGCGUGCACCAACGGCGCCGCCCCCGCGUCAUCAUCGGACGCACACGGCAGCAGUGAGCAGCACGACAGCCACAUGGCGGUCGACCGGGAGGCGCAGAAGAGCCCGGGCAGCAGCGAGGACUGCACCGGCGCGGCUGGUGGCGCCGGCCGCGGCGCGGGCGGCGACCCAGCAGCAGCUCGCGGGGCCAUGCCUCAACCGUACGGGUUGGGCGGGCACUUGAUGGGGCUGGGGCGCUUGCCAGAAGGUGAGGCCUUCCCUCCUGCUGCAGGGCUCGGGGAGGCGGCCGCGGCUGUGGACCGGGCGCCGGCGCUGCUAGCAGCCGCGCCCGCGGCUGCAAUGCCUGUGCCCGUCCCGACGCGCGGCGGCGCGUCGGGGUACAGCGGCGGCAGCGCGCCGAGCAUGCUGCGCGUGCAGUCGGCGGCGUCGCUGGGCUCCCUCACGAUGCCCCUUGAGAGCCUGGCGCUGAACUCGCCGGCCGUGAUGGGCCCGCUCGGCGCGGACGCGGCGGCCGCCGCCCACAGCGCCGGCCAGCCGAUGAUGAUGGUCAGCGCGAGCAGCUUGCCGGCGGGAUACGGCCACCAUGCGGGGGCGUUCCACCAGCAUGGCGGCGGCCCCGUGCAGAUGCUGAGCAUGGGCGCGUUCGGCUCGGGCGGCCUCGCGUUCGUGCCGGCCGCUGCCCUUGCGGCGUGCGGCAGCGCGCCGCCGGGCGUCCACAACGGCGGCGCCACGCUCGCGUCGACGCUCCAGAACUGCGGCAGCGACCCGCUGCUGUCCACCUCGUGGCCCUCUUCGGCGCCCUCUGGCGGCGGCGCCGCGAGCUCCGCGCCCAGCCUCCAGCGCCAGCGGUCGUCCGGCGCCCCGAAGCCGCCGAGCAGCGGCCGCAGCGGCGCCUCGGCGCGCGGCCGCAGCGCCGCGACCGCCGCCGCCGAUGCGACGUACCACCGCAGCAGCGGCAACGGCGGCACGCUCAGCCACUCCACAAUCGAGAAGCAGCGACGUGACCGCCUCAACGCCCUUCUGGAUGACCUUGGGGCGCUGGUUCCCCCCUCUGAUGGCCGCAGCGACGGCAGCCGGCGCCCCAAGCAUGUGAUCCUGUCGGAUGCGAUCGCGCUGCUGAACUCGCUGCAGGAGCGCGUGCGGGUCGGGGGCGACGAGGUCGCGGCGCUGAAGCAGCGGCUCGCGGCGGCCGAGGCCGUGGCCGGCGCGGGCGCCCACGCGGCGUCGAUCGACAUCGCCGGCGCGGCCGCGGCGCCUUGCGGCGCCGGCGCUGCGCUUAAGGCCGAGCCGGGGUCGAGCGUGGAGCAGCAGAUGCUGCCGCCGACGCCGAGCGGCACUUCGCCUGCUGAGCUGGCGGCCAGCAUGCUGCGCCGCGGGUCCUCCGACGCCGAACUGUCGCACAUGCAGCAGCAGCAGCAGCAGCCGUCGGCGGCGCAGCAGCAGGUGGUUGUCGAGCAGGAGGGCGACUGCGUGCGCGUGGCGGUGUCGUGCCACGACAGGGACGGGCUGCUGUCGGAUCUGGUGGCGGCGAUCAGGGGGACCGGCGCCAAGAUUGCAAAGGCGUCGAUUACGACCACCGGCGACGGCGCAGCGCGGGACGAGAUCGAGCUGCGGCUGGAAGGCGGCGGCGGCGGCGCUGGCGCUGGCGCGGGCGUGACGCUGGAUUCGGUCCGCCACGCGGUCGUGUCGGUGCUCGGCGGCACGAGCGCCGCGGCGGCCGGCGCGCGCGGCAAGCGCACGCGGCAGUGA